AAAACAUUGAGGUAUCCGUCUCCGAAUUUGGCCGAAUCUCAGCUACUUCACUGGUGAAACAACAAAGCCGCCAAAGGUAUUCGCGGGAAAAGCCUCAGAGACCGUCGGCGAUGGCACUCGCUGGGCCUAUUGUAGCCGGUCUGUUUCUCCUUGCGGCGCUCUACUGCGGCACAGACCCUUUCAAUCACCGUCCCAUGGCUAAAUUUCCUGGCUUCGAAGUUUACCCUGUGGAGCUGCCGCCGUGGUCGGAGCUUCCGGCGGCGAGAGACGCAGAGAACCGCCUUCAGAAAGCGGAGUUGAGGUUUGUAAACCAGGUCCAGGGGCCGGAGAGCAUCACCUUCGACCCCCUUGGCCGCGGGCCCUACACCGGCGUUGCUGACGGCCGGAUCUUGUUCUGGAACGGCGAGUCCUGGUCAGACUUCGCCUACACGUCGCAGAACAGGUCAGGGCUAUGUGACCCGAAACCAUCACUUUUUAGCUAUUUGGAAAAUGAACACAUCUGUGGGCGGCCAUUGGGUCUUCGUUUUAACAAGAAAACUGGAGACCUUUAUAUUGCUGAUGCAUAUUUUGGGUUGCUGAAGGUAGGCCCAGAAGGUGGGGUGGCUACACCGCUGACCACAGAGGCAGAAGGUGUCCCAUUUAAGUUUACCAAUGAUUUAGAUAUUGAUGAGGAUGGAAGUAUUUAUUUUACUGAUAGCAGCUUCAACUUUCAGAGGAGGUAUUGUUCUUUCAUAUCUCCUGAAUUUUGAUGAUUCAUUGUCUAG